UGGGAGCGCGCAGAACCCGUCCCUACAGCAGCGGAGCAGCAGCGCAUCCAUCCUGCCGUGGAGCCGGGAGCGUGGAGCCGCGAGGAGCGCACAGAGAGAGAGAGAGAGAGAGAGAGAGAGAGAGAGCGACAGAAAGAUGGACGGAGUGGGAUCGUUCGGAGCGGGCCGGGCCGGGUCCACUAUCGACCCGAUUACCUUCGCCAAACAGCCGCAGACCAUCCUCAAAGUGCUGUCCUGGAUAUUUUCCCUGGUGGUCUUUGCCUCCAUUGUGAACGAGGGCUACUCCAACAUGGGCAGCGAGCGUCUCCACUGUGUCUUCAACAAGAACGCAGACGCCUGCAACUACGGCGUGUUCGUGGGCCUGGUGGGCCUGCUGGCGUGCACCUUCUUCCUCCUGCUCGACUUCAAGUUCUCCUCCAUCAGCUCCGUCAAAGACAGGAAGAAGGCUGUGAUGCUUGAGAUCGGCUUCUCAGGUUUCUGGGCCUUCCUGUACUUUGUAAGUUUCUGUUUCCUGGCCAAUCAGUGGUCUCGGACUGAGGACCUGCCACUCAAUCAGGGGGCAGAUGCAGCCCGGGCAGCAAUCGCCUUCUCUUUCUUCUCCAUAAUCACCUGGGCUGGUCAAACAGUGCGUGCGGUCCAGAAGUAUCUGCUUGGUACAGACAUGACCCUAUUCAGUACGGAGCACAUGGAUGGCGGCGCACCCACCCAGCCAUACCCCUCCAACUCACCAGGAGGCGGCACCACCGAGACCACAGAAACCUACCAGAGCCCACCCUUCACUGAGAACAACGCAGCACCCACAUACCAGGUUCCCAUUUACUAGAUAAAAUAGACCUGAUGGUGGAAGAGGAAGAUCAGAGGGACGAGAGGAAAGUUAAAGAAAAUUGCUUUCUGUGAUGUUACACGUGCAGUUGUUUAUGUGUUGAUCUGAGCUAAGUUUUCAAUAGCUGUUGAAAAAAUGGCCUCUCCUUCUUUGUUUCCUCCUCUUGUUCCCGUUCCUUCCUUAACAUUCCAGCUUUGUCUGCACUUUUCUAGACCUGUACAUUGAACUCAAUUUCCUACUUUAGCAAAUUCAGUGUCCUCAGAUCAGAGCAGAUGAGAGAAAAAGAAAACAAGAGGAGGAGAUAUAGAAGAGGAGGCCACUUUGCAGUAUUCAAACACAAAAAGAGAUGCAGGAAUCAACAAGUGAGUGACUCCACCACAAAGCAGUAUUAGAUUACUAAAUAUAGCGCAGAAGGGACUCACAUGCAACACCUUUAUCUUAACUCUUUUCAUUCAUUGAAGUGUCAGAAUCCCCUUUCAUGCCAAACAGUGACGGGGAAUGUUUCUUUAGCUACAGUACGGUCUGGUUGUUCCUCCCCCUUUCCCUGCUACAGUUAAAAGUGAUCAUAUGUAUUGAAUCUGCAUGUUUCCAAACGUAGAGAUCAACUAAGUGCCAUACUGUACUGUGUGUCUCAGACAGUGACUUAAUUUAGUAGAUUUCCACAUGCUGUAAAAAACAAUGAUGACAAUGUUUUGUGACCAAGUGCAAUAUCUCACAUUCUUAUGUAGGUAGGUAUAUACUGUACUAUAGGUAGGCUAGUUACUGUCAGAUUAGAACAAUUUUAGGCACUGUCUCAAAUUACCUACUCAUCUUUGAAUUGUACUCACAAAUCUCAGGCAAAUGUGACACAUUGAAAUUGUUGAUCAAAAUUGAGCUUCUGUGGUGAAGUUUGCAAGAUUGAGACAUUUUAUGAACGCAUCCUGAACUUUUCAUCUCCAGAAGCUUGUUGCUAAUUUAUAUAUAUUUAGUAUUGUUAAUGAAGCUGUUAUAUCAUCUUUUCAAGUAUCUUUUAGUCUUCCUUGAUGUUGUGAAGUCCAUUAUUUUGUAAAGGAAAACAGAGUCACAAUGUGAAAUAUUUCUCAAGUACCUUGUCACAAUAGCUUAAUAUGGGAUUCUGGUUCAUUCACAUACAAGGGUCACUUUUCACAGUUUGAUCAGUCUUAAGAUUCAUUGGGGAAAACCCAGUCUACAUUGAAUCACUUUUCAUUCACUGCUAUUUUUCUGUCUCAGGCCUGGAUGGAUUAUUGAAUGGGUUUACCAGGCACAGGCCUAAGGGCCCAAAGGGUCAGGGGGCCUCUGUGCUAGAGCCUCUGUUAACAGAGACUGUUAACAUUUCUUGUUUGGAAAUCAAUUGGGACUAUUACUAUGACGAUUGACGAUGAUUACGAAAAGAUGCAAAAUGACUACAAAGAGACUAAAAUGAUUUCAAAGACAUGCAAAAUUCCUACGAGGAGGAAGCAAAAUGACUACAGAGACUCAAAACAGCAAAGAGACAAAACAACCACAAACUACUCAAAACAAAUAAUGACUACAAAGAGAGGCAAAACAACUAUAACUUGUUUCAUAAUCCAUCCAUGGUGCCAGGGAAUGUAUGUAGUGCGUUAUUUGAGACAGUGCCCCGUGUUGAGUGUCACAUGUACAAAAUGGGGCGACUGGGGAGAUUCUGGGUAAGUCAGGUCUGUUUAUGUUUACGUUUUAGAAGCUGCCAAACUGCCCUGUGUUCUUAUUACUGUCUUUUGAUUACCACGUUACUACUAUGUUGUUAAUGUCUAUGGGAUUUUAUGUAAUCACAAAGCAAGGGGGGGCAACAGGUGAGCAUUUAUUCAGUGAGGGAGGUCAGAUUGCUGGAUGAUUCAGUACAGUCUCAGGCAAAAGAAAAAAAAAACCUGUUUGUGGGAUGUUAAGGAUCACUAGCUGGCUAAUUCAUUGAGUUUGCCAACCCUGGCAUUGAGGGAGAUGGGUCAGAAUUUGUUGCCAUGGUGACAGGAACAGGGUUGGGUGGAUGUGGGUCACUAAUGAUGUAGAUAGUAACCAUGCCAACUAUGUCGGUGUGUAGCAGUGUCUCUGUGUCGUGGUUCACGUACACUCGCCAUCAGUGAAUCUGUAGUUUUGGUGCGUAUGAGUGUGUGAGUGCGUCCACGUGCAACAGGUGUACAUGUGCACGUGUAUUAGCAUGCAAGAGAGACGUGUCGAUCUGCGUGUUUGUGUGAAAAUGUGCGAAUGUGCGCAGUUAAUUAAACUUUGUGGUGCAUAAAAGCUAUUUUCUUGAAUGUGUGUUUGUCAAAGUUUUAGUGCAGAGGACGAAAUUCUAAAUCUGUUACAACAUAUAAUAAUUUCCCCAAAAAUAAAAAGUCUUUCUGCUUAAUAUAUUAUAUCAAUGUCCCUGUCAAGUUAUGCAAUGAAAAGAAAGGGUUUUUUUCUAAAUUUUUUUUGAUGAAUAGAGCCAAAUAUAAAACUUCAUGUUAGAUUGAUAAAAUUGAUCUGUAGAAUACCUUGCCUGCUCUUCUAUUGGAUCCCCAUGUAAACAGCGCCCUCUGCUGACCAGAGAAGGCUCUGCUGUAGUGGGACAACAGGGGCUCUCCAAGUUACAAAAGUAAUCAUGAUAAUGAUGCAUGAAAUUGUUGUAUAGGACUCAUUAUAUAUUGAAUACUAUGUAAUUCUUAAGUUGACUCCAAGGUGUUUUGCAAACUGAGAUUUGCCAACCAUCAGUGCAGCUGACAGGAUUCUUUCUUGUGUUAUAUUAAUCACAGAUUGUUGUCAGAAUUGUGCCCAGAUACCCAGAUAACUUCAGUGAUGUUAUCUCAGCCUCAUGAUCUUGUUGAUUGCAUGUACACAUGUGCGAGCAUGUGUACAUGUUCAAAGCUACAGUUUUGUUCUGUUCAAAGCUACAGGGGAAAAGUUGCCCCCAAAGUUGCUGACUGCAAGUCCAGGAACUUAACUUUAACCUGCAGUAAAGAAUCAAAAUCUGACCCCAGAAUCCAGGGCCUUGAGCUACAGGGUGCUAACAGACAGAAAAAGUCAGCUACAGAGCACAGGCUCUGUGUUUUAGUCCUAAACAGUAUAAAAUCUCAGUAUGAAGAGUUAUUUAUGUUCUAUAAUGAAAGCUAAGGCACAUACUCACACAAGACAGAAGACAGUGUUAAAGAAAUCUCUUAUUAAUAGUAAGGCUAUUGGUUCACAAAGUAAGGAUGCACGUCAGUCAGAUCAGUAUAGUUUGUAAAGAAAUAGCUCCAAAGGCAAUUGGAAAUACAACUCUGUCCGCUCCAUACUUUUGCUAGUUCCAAGUGCUAAAAUUAUUUCAAGGUAGUCUUGUAAAACAGAGCAAAGACUACUUGAAUUUAGGAUUUACAUAGAAGCAUGAUUUUCUGCAUUUUUUUCACCAGACUCUGUCAGUGAGCAGGUAGUUAGGUCAGUACUUGUUUUAAACAGGGAUAUUCCAGUAGUACUUUCUACAAGGAUUUUGGUUCAGGAAAGGGUGCAACAUGGUUGUGUACUCGACUAUUACUGGGUGGGGUUUUAGGUUCUGUUGAUUCCCAAAUACUUUCAGGUACUUGUGUGCAUGGUGGGGUACUGUUAAAUCUAUUUGAUGCAGUUAAAGGCCUAUAGUUGUGUUUUUUUUCAUAUUUUAGUCCAUUACCUACAAGUCAUGAACAGUGAAAAUGAUUGCCAGCUAUUUCCUGAAGCAUACCACCUUUCAGCAGCCAUCUUUCUGCAAUAGCCAUUUAAUGUCUUUACGCUCUAUAAUUGGUAUUUUGCAUUGUUAAUGGCAGAGUCCACUAUUCCCGUGCUGGAUUACUGUAUUAACAGUGGCAGAUUUAAGUCUUUGCAAGUUUAUUUUCCUUCCCAUAGAAAGGAAAUCAAUGUAAAAUCAUAUGGUCAGUAAUAAUAUAAAGUAUGCAUAAGCAUGCUGAAAUAUGAAAAAACCAUCAGUAUAGUCCUUUAAAUUUUGGGUAUAAUUGGGCUACUAGUUAUCAGUUAAGUGGUUGGGUGUACCUGGGGUAUUGAUGGACAUAUUAGGUACUAUUGAGGUACUGCUGGGUAGUUUGGGGUACUGUCAGGUCAGGUUGUAUUAUUGUUCUCAGUGCUUCAGUCUCUUCAGUCAAUGUGGUAGAUAAAAAUAAUAAUACAAGCAUUUUCUGUGUUUUGUGCUCUGGCCCAUGUACACUACCGUGGUAUUGGUUGAUUGUAAAAUUCAGUCUGUUAUUGAAGUAAAUGGAACCUGUGUGUGAUGAUGUCCAGGGUCUGGUUUGUCCUGUACUACUGAAAAAAAAAAAUACUAUUAAUGAUGAUUAUUUAUUAACUAGAAUGCACUCUUUGUUGGAAAUACUUUGUUUGACCAAUCUUAAAGGAGCCAUUGGCACCAAAGUUUUAUGUGAUUAUGCUGUUGUUUUGUUAGACUGAGAAAAUAAAAGGUUAUGAUAUGUAGUAAUGCCUGUGCCAUCAGUUGUGGGGUUUCCAGUAUAAUGCAUUGCAUCCAUGUUACAAUAUCUCCUCCAUAAAACUAAUGACAAAAACUUAACCCCAUUGACCAACAAACAAGUGAAGAUUGAUUUUGUAGCGUGCUACCCCUUUAACAUGUUUCUUCUGAGUUGUUUCUUCCUGUUCUGAAGGUGUUUGACCUCUUCAGUGUAAAAACACUGUGUACAGAGAUGUGUGUCACUGUCUAUUACCUGAAUGUCUCUGGACUGCAGUCUGACCGUCACUCCAAUAAAAAAGAAAACAUGUUUUGGA